AUGAACGAUUGGCACCUCAUUCCCAACGCUUGGGACGGUCUCAAAUGGCACCAAAACAAGGGAAAUCUCCAGCUCAACUUUUUCUUGAGCGUCAUCUUUGUCGGCAUGGUACUCAACGGGUAUGACGGCACCAUCAUCUCUGGUCUUCAAGCUAUGGACUCCUGGAACGCCGAUCUCGGUAAUCCUAACCGUACCAAGAUCGGAUUGCUAAAUGCCUGUGGGAACAUGUCUGGGUUCGUCGUCGGACCUAUCAUCACCUGGAUCGACGAAAAGUACGGCCGAAAGUGGGGCAUUCGAUUCUACUCUUACACAUUGUUGAUUGGAUCGGUCAUCGGUUGCUGCGCUGGUAUUCCUGGUGUCGAUGGUUAUGCCUUGUUUGUCACCGGAAGGGCCAUCAUCGGUCUCGGUCUCGCCUCGUUCCUCUUGACGUCUCUCGCUGUCGUCCAGGAGAUUACCCACCCGAGGAACCGGGUUACUAUUGCCCAUUCGUGGAACUCGUACUGGAUCCUCGGGUCCGUGAUCGCCAACUUUACCGUCUUUGGGACCAGUUACAUCGCUUCAUCAUGGGGCUGGAGGAUUCCUUACCUGAUGCAGGUCCCCAUGGCUCUCUACAUCCUCGUCGCCGUCCAAUUCAUGCCCGAAACCCCGCGUUUCUUGAUGUCGGUCGGUCGCGAGGAGGAAGCGAUGGCCUUCCUCGUUAAGUACCACGGCAAUGGCAACCCGGAUGAUGAACUCGUAUUGUUCGAAUUCGAGGAGAUCAAGGAAGCCAUCAAGAUGGAGAAAAUCGCCAGAGGUACUAGCUGGAAGACAUUGUUGUCGAGCCGAGGGAACCAGCAUCGUCUGGGUCUUGCCGCGCUCAUGAGUUUCAUGGUCUCCUUGUCUGGUUCCUCCAUCUUCUAUUACUACUACACGGUCAUUUUCGACCUCGCUGGUAUCACGGGCGCGUCAACCCAAACCGGAAUCAACGCGGGUCUGAGCAUGUUCACGUGGUUCUGCCAGAUCGCCGCGGUGCUUCUUGGCAAAAAGGUCGGCAGGAGGCCUUUCCUAUUGGGGAUCUGGCCGCUACUUUUGGUGUGUCUCGCUGGGGUUUGUGCAGCUUUGGGAGUCUCCCAAAACAACCCGGAGAAUCGGGCCGCGAGUGUCGCAACCGUCGUCAUGGUCUGGCUUUACCUCGGAUUCUUCAACUUUUCCAACCCGGUGCUCUGGUCGUACCCUGCCGAGGUCCAAACUUUCACCAUGCGAAGCAAGGGUCUCUUGUUAUGGAACCAGAUCAAUCAACUUUGCGGAGCUUACACCACCUGGGUUGACUCGAUCGCUCUCGGCAAGAUCGGCUACAAAUACGUUGCCGUCUACAUUCCUCUUGUCGUCAUUCAAUGGGGACUAGCCUACAAGUUCAUGGUCGAAGCCAAAGGUCUCACGCUCGAACAGAUCGCAGAAGUCUUUGACGGCCCUGGUUCUUUCACUAGCCAUGCUCAUCAUCAGCACCUGUCCAACGACGACGUCGAAGCUCGUCGCAGCGACCCCUUUGCGGACGAUGUCGCCGCCAAGGAAUAUGUCGAAGACAAGUAG